CAAUAUCACGUGCACGAUGUGAUGACGCCACAGCGAAGAUGGCGGACUCGCUGGGUGUAGGGAUGUCAGACGAAAAAGAUUCCGAAAAUGACGAUCAUAAAGGGGUUAAAUGUUCCUGGGGUUCUGCAGCGAUAUCACGGAAGGCAAACGUGUCUGGGUCGGCGGUGAAAAUGACUGAAACUAUCGGAUUUUACGAGAAACCCACCGUUAAAGACGAGCAGCACGAGCACUCAGACUCGGAUGACUCUGACGAUCCGUCUCUGUUGAGGUUCAUGUGUGCGGAGCUGACCAGAGGCUACUUCCUGGAGCACAACGAGGCCAAGUACACUGAGAGGAGGGAAAGAGUGUACACCUGCAUGAGGAUCCCCAGAGAGCUGGAGAGGUUGAUGAUCUUCGGGUUCUGCCUGUGUCUGGACGCCUUUCUGUACGUGUUCACUCUGCUGCCCCUGAGAACUCUACUGGCCUUCCUGAGAGUGUUGACGAUACCUUGCUGCGGCCUCGGCGCUAAUGUUUGCCCUUAUUGCAGACGGAGCAGUGGCUCUCGGUUCCUGCAGCCAGCUCAGGUGUGUGACCUGCUGAAAGGUUUAAUCAUGGUGCUCUGUUACUCCAUGAUGCACUACGUCGACUAUGCCAUGAUGUACCACCUGAUCCGCGGCCAGUCGGUCAUCAAACUCUACAUCAUCUACAACAUGCUGGAGGUGGCAGACCGUCUAUUCUCAUCUUUUGGGCAAGACAUUCUGGACGCUCUCUACUGGACGGCCACUGAGCCAAAGUCACAGAAGAGAGCCCACAUUGGAGUCAUUCCCCAUUUUUUCAUGGCUGUCUUCUAUGUCUUUCUACACGCCAUCCUCAUCAUGGUCCAGGCCUCUACUCUAAAUGUGGCCUUCAACUCUCAUAAUAAAUCUCUGCUCACCAUAAUGAUGUCCAACAACUUUGUGGAAAUCAAGGGAAGUGUGUUUAAGAAGUUUGAGAAGAACAACCUCUUUCAGAUGUCUAACAGCGAUAUCAAGGAACGGUUCACCAAUUACGUACUGCUCCUCAUCGUGUGCCUGAGAAACAUGGAGCAGUUUUCCUGGAACUCAGAUCACCUCUGGGUUCUACUUCCUGAUGUCUUCAUGGUAAUCACGUCUGAGGUUGCAGUUGACAUCGUGAAGCACGCCUUCAUCACAAAAUUCAAUGACAUCACAGCUGAUGUCUACAGUGAAUAUAAAGCCAGCUUGGCUUUUGAACUUGUCAGCAGUCGACAACAAAAUGCCUACACAGACUACAGCGAUACAGUGGCGAGAAGGAUGGGCUUCAUUCCGUUGCCUCUUGCUGUACUGUUGAUUCGAGUGGUGAUGAGCUCAGUGAAGAUCCAGGGCGCUCUCUCAUCUGUCUGUCUGCUCCUCUUUUAUCUUGGAUUGAUAACACUGAAAGUGUUGAAUAGUAUAAUUAUCCUGGGAAAGUCCUGUCGAUAUGUGAAAGAAGCUAACAUGGAGGGUAAGCUGUUUGAAAGACCGACUGCUCAAACUUCAAAACAAACUCCCAAGAAAGCCACACCUGCCAAAUCUCCCCCACCCUCAGCUGAACCUAAAGUUCAGAGACCCUCCAUCACCAAACAGCCGACCCCAAGGGUGAAGCCUUUUCCCGUGACUCCACCCCCUGUAACUGAGUUGACCAGAGAUCCGCCACCAGAUUCUCCCCCUAAACCAGAGGAGAACAGCAGCGAGUCUCCACAAUCUACUGAACUUACACACAGAACCACAAAAAAAGAUCUGUUGGAGAUCGACCGCUUCACAAUAUGCGGCAACCGAAUCGGGUGAACUUUAACCCCAUCACCACAGUAACUGCUCAGGAAUGAAAGUCAAGGAGACUCUGAGUAUGAGCCUGAUAUUACUGCGAGGGGCUUUCGAGUGAAUUCUUCAGAGGUUGCUACUAUUUAUCUCUAACUGGAAAAUUACUCAUUUUGCCAUCCUCUCUGCUUCUAUUCCUGUGGAAUAUCUACCAAAGGAAGCAGAUUGAGUGCAUAAAGCAUUUCAAAUCAAAACAAAGAAUCGGUUGGCCCUCGGCAGGCUGGCAUAUCACGAUGAAUAGAAUCUGGUAGAUGUUGCUUUAGGAUACGUUUGUCUCGAUUUUAUCUGAGACAGAACAUCUUGAACAAUAAAUGAGGCGUGAACGUCUUGAAAACUAGACUCUUCCCACUCAUAAUUUGUCUUUGAGUAGAAACUAAAAAGCAUAAAAAAUAUAUUUAUUUUUAAACACUCAAAAAAACGAAUUUACUUCUUAUUUAAAUUAAUAGAUAAAGUUGUACAUAUUGACACUUUUGGCUUAAAAUAUUAUGCUAAACAGGUUUGCUAAUGAAGCUGCCCUUAGAUUUGUUUAGUCUGCCAAAUAUUUGUUUUUAGAAUUUGUAAAAGUAUUAUUUGGUACCGUUGAAGUCUUUAUUAUAACAGAUACAGUACUAUGUUUUUUCAUUAUCUGUUCAAAAGAAAGGGAAGGUUUGGCUAGCCUAACGCCAGGCUGCUUGAUAAUUCAGCUCUGUAUAAUAUACAAGGUGCCAAUCCAGCUGACUUAACUUUGCACUGAUUUGCCAUAUUGUCUUAAGCUGUACAAAGUAUUUUUGUUUUGUUUGAGUAUGAUAUUGACCUAUUUACACCAGCUAUGAAAGAGCAAAUAACUGUUUCAUAUGAAGUGUAACAUAAAAUAGAAGUGUUGUUUGAAUGCACAUUAACAUAUUUUGAAAUUCAAAUCAUCUUUGACCAAUCAUAUUCUGAGAGAUUGUAUUGUUUGAUAUAAGUAUUUUCUUGUUUUAAAUGUAACUAAAUUAUUAUCCAGUAAUUAAUAGUUCAAUAUCAUGUUUAUACUAUUUUAUAAUGUUGCUUAGAAGUUGAUUUUGCAAUGGGGAAAGUUGAAUGUCAAUCUAAAUCUGUACAGCCUGUCUGGAAGUUACCUCCAGUAUACAGUCAUGUGAUGCAGAGGUACCAAAAGCCAAGUGACUUGAAAUGGAUAUUCCGUCAUGAAAAUGUUUUUUACCUUAACAGAAGUGUUCCUGCCAUGUUUUGAAAUGUGCGUCAUUUGCAUUUCAGUAUAUUGUAUAUUGUUCUGUUUUCAUUAUAAAAAUCAGAUGACCAAUUCUGAACAGGGUUGCACAGGUUGUUGUCCUCACGAUGUCAUUAUUGUUUUUAGAACGUUCCAUAAUGCUAAAAAGUAGUUUCGUAUGUAAAGGUUGAAGACUAAAUCAUUUGUUUUUAUGUAAUGCCAUCCCUGUUUUUGGGACGGCAAAUAAAAGUAGUUUUGUAAUUUG